AUGUGCAUCCCCAACAUAAUCCACUACGUCUGCGGCCAUCACAUCACAUCCUACUCCGCAAACUCCACAGAGUGCAACUACAUGAUCCACACCGAAGCGGUCGAAAAAACGACCCACCGCUGGCCCGACAGCAUCUGCCCCGAGUGCUGCCAGCGGCCCUUCCUCGGCAUCAUCGAGAAGCCCGAGAUUGUGCAGUGGCUGCUUGGCGUGGUGACGCAGGAGGUGUACAAGAGGCAGCGGGAGGAUUCGGGGGAGAGGAGGAGUAGGGGGACGAGCAGUACGGUGGCGACAGCGCGGAGGAAUAGGAGUGCGUCGAAGGAGGGGAAGAAGAAGUAUGAGAGGGGGAAUGUGUUUGAACGGGCAGGGGGUUGA